AUGACUCCUUUCUUCCCCUCCCUUAUAUGGUAUGUCGUUAUCAAUGUAAUUUCUAGUCCUUUAGGUACAUGUUCUCUACUUUGCACACCUGGUCUCACUUCCCCUUUCAUUACUCAUCUACGUCUUCCCGUCCCUUCCCUCAUUUUCACAUUUCAAGACCAUCUACGCUUCAUUACAAUUACCUCAAAAAUGAUGUUUUAUUUAAUAAUUUUAACUUGGUUUACUUGUCAGUUUGUAAUCAUUCUCUCAGUGAUGGUGGGUUAUAUCAAUGGAGCUUGCUAGAUGUUAAAGGAAAUAGGCUAGUUACCCUAGCUUCAAAUCGUUGUAGAAUUACGUGGAAAGCUCCAGAUCAAGUAAGGAGCCAUUUAUUAUUUUAAUUCUUUUUAGGGGUUAUUUACAGUAAUCGUCAGAUACGUCGAUCGGCAUACUGUAAUAUUUGAGGUCAAAAAACGAUUCGUUGUAAGAGAUUUUUGGAUGGUAUCAAUAGGCGAUUCCUUCUCUUCCGGUGAAGGAAAUCCUCAUCAGAAUGUGAGGAAGAAGUUGUGGUUAUCCAGAAGAUGUCAUAGUAGUCGGAAUUCAUUUGCAUACAAAUUAUAUCAGAAGUAUAAAAGAAUGAUCUCAGACGAUGUAGCCGUCCAUUUCACAUUCCUCCCAUGCUCUGGGGCUCUCAUUGAAGACGGUCCGUUUUCUUUAUUUUAUCAAAUUGAGGCAAUAACAAACAUAACUAUGAUGCUGUAAGUGAAUGUUGCAGCAAUAUAAUAUUACGUAAUUUCAGAAACAAAACUCCCGAUCUUCUGUUAAUGACUGCUGGUGGAAAUGAUAUCGGUUAUUCUGAUAUGCUCCAAAGAUUACUUUCGGGUCUCCAUCCUGUUCCAGAUAACUUUUCUCUGCGAUUAUUAUAUUUGUCCGAGCAAUUUGACCAGUUGAACAAAUUAAUUAAAGGACUUAGUCCCUCAAAUGUUAUCAUCCCGCAUUACUUUGACUUUACAACUAAUGAAAAAGGGUUGGUUGAUGCAUCCUGCAGCGAUUUCGACAAGGUGAGGACUGACUUGCCAAAAAAACAAUCUCUCUAGGUGUCAUUGAAGUACCUUAAACGUGCUCAAAAGGUCAUUCUGAGGAAUUUGAACAAUCUCAUCGAAAGGAAAACUCAAAAUUUUGGAUGGAUCUCAGUGGACCUCGAUCAGAUUUUCAAAAAGCAUGGAAUAUGUUCUCGACAACCCUUAAUCCGGUAAGCCUGAUAAUAAAGAUAUUCGGCCCUGAAGAAUUAAAAACGUUGCUGACGUCAAAAAUUACAGUACCCUCCAAGAGUCAUAUCGACUGCAAGGUGAUUAUGGUGGCAGUUUCCACCCCACCGAGCGAGCUCAUCAACUUAUCGCUGAUCUUAUUUUUCCCAUUUCAAAUCCCAAAAAUAUCCUGAAUAAACACGGAUAA